CGACUCUGGGUCCUAAAAAGUUUUCUUAAAGAUUAAAAUAAAUGUAACCGUUAGAUGACGCAACUGUUAACGAUUUCAGAAACAGCAAAAUCAAUUCCUAUAUGCAAUUACACAAUCUAAAUUAUUUCCAAAUACCCAGGGAAACGUGACGACGUUACUUGCUUAAAGAUUCAAAAAUAAAUAGGCGCCGGUGGUGUUUUAAUUCUAUUCACCGCAGUCUCCUGCUUUAAAUCCAUGUUGGCCUUGACACCACUGUGUGUCAUCUCCAGUGCCUAAAACCUUGUAUAAAAAAAACGCAAACGAGAACCAGAUAAAAUAUUUAAAAGAUGGUAUUACAAGUCAUCAGAUUCUUUAACAAAGUUUUCACGCGUCGAGUGAGCAGUCAUACUAGGAGUAUAAUCUUCAGGCAGCUGUUCGAUGACGUCAGCAGCACGUACACUUACCUCUUGGGUUGUCCAAUCACUAGAGAGUGCCUGCUUAUAGAUCCAGUAGUAGAACACUCUAAGCGGGAUUUUAAGUUGACCAAAGAUCUAAGGCUUCAGCUUAAAUUCGCCAUUAAUACUCAUAUGCACGCCGACCAUAUAACGGGCACUGGGUACUUGAAGGCGCUUUCUGGAUGUAAAAGUGUAAUUUCCAAGGCCAGUGGCGCACAGGCAGACAUAUUAAUCGAUGAAAGUGAUAUAAUCCAGUUUGGUGAUCAUAUUCUCAAAGUUUUCAGCACGCCAGGACAUACCAACGGGUGUUGUACCUACUAUCUUCCGGAACAAGAAAUCGCAUUUACCGGCGACGCUCUUCUAAUUCGCGGUUGCGGUCGAACGGAUUUUCAAGAAGGCAAUCCCAGGACAUUGUACAGAAGCGUACACGACAAAAUAUUUACCCUACCAAAGAACACGAUAUUGUACCCCGCUCACGACUAUCACGGAAUGAUGUGCACCUCCGUUGAUGAAGAAAAACGUCUGAAUCCACGAUUGACGAAGAGCGAGGACGAAUUUGUGGAAAUCAUGAACAACUUAAAUCUGGGCUAUCCUAAGCAGAUCGAUAAGGCCCUUCCGGCGAACAAAGUUUGCGGAGUAUUCGACAUCCCGAAGGACGAACCACUGGAUGAAGUCUAACCGCGGCCGCUUGCUAUAGGAACUGCACUAAAAUUCAAUUUAUUACGUUCCAAUCAUAAUAGGAUUGUUUCGAAAGUUGCGAUCUGGUUUGGGGUUUUUAGAGCCAGGGGAUAAUAAUUGUAUCAUGAGUAACUUUGGGUUUAGAGAAAGAAACGUCGCUUGUUGCAUCGAUCACUUCUUGAUAGUCCUGUUCGUGAUUGACCAAUAUUGUAUCGACUUGUAAUUAUAUACUACUUUAUCAACUCUAUAUCUUGUAGAAUAUUCAUGCCUUGUACAUACAGUAGUUAAUUUUUUAUUAUAGGAAAGAUUAUAAACUGAAUGGAUUUUUCAAAAUCAUAUUUUGAUGUUUCAAAAAAAGAUCAUAUUGUUAUCAAUAAAAUUUGGA